AUGGAUGAAGAGCCGCUCUGAACAGUGCUUGUGUUGCCGGGGAUUAAAGCGUGAAUGGGAGCAGCUCCCCGGCCGCGAUGGAGAGAGAAGGCGGCUCUGGCUGUGGCCAUCAGGUUUGCUCCCACAUGAGUCCCUGAGGUUCCUGCUGGCAGCUCCAGCAGUGCUGCUCAGAAGUGCCCUCCUGCUCCUGGGCUCAGCAGCCGAGGUCUCUCCAAACCUGCUUCUGCAAUGGGUGGGUUGUAAGCACUGGUAAUGAGGAGCUGUGGGCCCAGUCAGUCUUGGAGAUGCCGAAGAGACGAGACAUCCUGGCUAUCGUGCUGAUAGUUCUGCCCUGGACACUCCUAAUCACCGUCUGGCACCAGAGCACCAUUGCUCCACUGCUUGCAGUGCACAAGGAUGAUGGUGGUGACUCCCAGCGUGAUCUCACUGCAGGCUUGGACUCCAAGGAAUACUGCCUGUCGGACCGGGACAUAGUGGAGGUGGUGAGGACAGAGUACGUGUACACGCGCCCACCACCAUGGUCAGACACACUGCCCACCAUCCACGUGGUCACCCCCACCUACAGCCGGCCGGUGCAGAAGGCAGAGCUGACCAGGCUGGCCAACACGCUGCUGCACGUGCCCAACCUGCACUGGAUCCUGGUGGAGGACUCGCAGCGCCGCACGCCGCUCAUCACACGCCUGCUGCGCGACACGGGGCUCAACUACACGCACCUCAACGUGGAGACACCGCGCAACUACAAACUGCGCGGGGACACCAGGGAUCCCCGCAUCCCCCGCGGCACCAUGCAGAGGAACCUGGCCCUCAGGUGGCUCAGAGAGACCUUUAAUAAGAACAGCACCCAGCCUGGCAUUGUUUACUUUGCUGAUGAUGAUAACACCUACAGCCUGGAGCUCUUUGAGGAGAUGCGCAGCACCAGGAAGGUGUCGGUGUGGCCCGUGGCCUUCGUGGGCGGCCUGCGCUACGAGUCACCCAAGGUGAACGCGGCAGGGAAGGUGUACGGCUGGAAAACCGUGUUCGACCCGCACCGGCCUUUCGCCAUCGACAUGGCCGGCUUCGCUGUCAACCUGCGCCUUGUCCUGCAGCGCCCCCAGGCCUACUUCAAACUGCGUGGCGUCAAGGGCGGCUACCAGGAGAGCAGCCUGCUGCGUGAGCUCGUCACCCUCGGCGACCUGGAGCCCAGGGCCGCCAACUGCACCAAGAUUUUAGUCUGGCACACAAGGACAGAGAAGCCUGUGCUGGUGAACGAGGGCAAGAAAGGAUUCACAGAUCCCAAUGUGGAAAUCUGACUGUGCAGAGACCAACACCAGAAGAUUUCUUCAUGCACAGCCUGGAAGUUCCUCUGCACAGCACCCACCCAGCAGCCAGGCAGGAGCCAGCACCUCUGCAGCCCCCACGAGUUUUAGCCUUCUGGAAAACCAACAACUCUGCACAGACGAACUGCCCGGCCCCCUGCCCUUCCUCCCGCACUCGGAGCA